CCGACCCACGGUCUUGGUUUUAAGGAGUUGAAGCAAAUAAACAAUGCGUUGUAGUAGUAGUAGUAGCUCAAGGAUGAAGAAUCUUGAAGACGCCAUUAUCGCAGAGCUUUCUGCUUCAACAAGCCCUUCAAUGGCGAUAGACCCUGAGCUCGUACGCCUUCGCUUGCAGCAGUUGCUUCCUUCUUUCCAAACCCCCGUUCACCCUCCUUACUCUUCGAUGAUUCGACAAGCAAUUUUGAAAUUAAAUGAGGAGUGUGGAUCAACUGAGGAGGCUAUGUCGAGGCAUAUAGAGAAAGAACACCCGGGUUUGCCAUUCGCCCAUGCUAGUUUCUUGAGUCAUCAUCUGAAGAAGCUUUGUAGUGAGGGAGAGCUUAUAUGUGUUCGUAAUGAACGGUAUAUGAUCAAUGUGGAUGAUGAUGUUAUCGAGAAUGUUGAGAAGGGCGAUCGUGCCUUAGUCCAAAGGGGGAGUGAAGUUGAGGCUGUUGAUGGCUGGAGUGGGGUAAAUGAGGAUCGAGCUCCGGAAUCUGAGAAUCAAUAUGAAGUUGGAAGACGAAGUGCUGAAGUGGAUGCCCGGAAUACAGCGUGUGAGCAAAGAAUGGAAGCUGGAAGGGAGUCAGUUCAAUCGGUUCAAGAAGGUCUAAACUUUAGCGGACAAAUCAAACCAGGUAACCAGUUAAAGAUAUUUUGUGCGAAUGGAGACAUUGUAUCAGGUAACGAUGAACAGUAUAUGGUCCAAGUGGACGAUGGUGAUUUCGGGAAUGAGGAAAUGAAUCAUGGAUUGAAUGUCUCAAAUAGCGAUGAGAAGGAAGGUCAAACCUUGAUUCAAUUAAGUGGGAGAAGAGUCGAGGCUAUUGAUGGAUGGAGUGGGGUGAAUGGUGAUCAAGCUGCGGAAUCUGAGAAUCGAUGUGAAGUUGAAAGAACAGAGGGACCCAAAGAACAGAAGGAAGUCGUGAAGGAACCACUUACAGAUGCUCAAGAAGAAAGUCAAAACUUUAGUGGUCAAAUUGAAGUGAGUCAUCAUUUGGAAAAGCACAUGGAGAUUGAUUGUGCCAAUAACGAACACUAUAUGGUCCAGGUGGAUGGUGGUGAUUUGGACAAAGAAGAUGAGGAGAUGAGUCAUCGGUUAAGCAUUUCAGAUAGAGAUGAGAAGGAAGAUCAAACCGUUGUCCAAGUAAAGGGGAGAGAAGUUGAGGCUAUUGAUGGCUCAAAUGGGAUCAAUGGUGAUCAAGAUGCUGAAUCUGAGAAUCAAUGUGAAGUUGAAAGAUUUAAUGUUGAAGUGAGCAGUCAAAAUAAAACAUGUGAGAAAAUAAUGGAAGGAUUUGAAGAACAAAACGAAGUGGCAGAAGAAGUCGAUGCAGCAAAAGGAAUGCUAACUAAGGUGGCUCAAAAACGAAGGGGACAAAAGAGAAAAAGACAGAAGAAUACUAAACGACAGAUAAAGAAAGAGGGUUUCCAUCAUCAGUUGAGCAUUUCAGAUAGAGUUGAGAAGAAAGAUCUAACCUUAGUCCAAGUUGUGGAAUCUGAGAAUCAACGGGAAAUUGGAGGACAUAGUGUUGAAGUCAGUGAUCAAAAUAUAGCAUGCAAGCAAAGAAUGGAGGAACUUGAAGAACAAAACGAAGGCAGAAAGGAAUCACUUAAAGAGGUUCAAGAAGAAAGACUAAACUCUAGUGGUCCAAUAGAGGUGGCUGAUGAAGUCAAUGUUGCAGUAGAAAAGCUAACUAAGGUGACUCGAAACCGAAGGGGACUAAAGAGAAAACGACAAGCGAAAACUAAAGGACAGAGAAAGGUUCUGAAGAGUGAUGAUGAUAUCCCCCAGCCUACCAUGGAAGUCGAGAAGAAAUAUGUCGAGGAGCAACAACAGCAAAUGGAGGGUGGAAGUGGAGUAACAAAAUCUGCUGGUAAACAAGAGCAACUACAGCAGUGUAAGAUGAUUAGUGAGCAAGUCCACCCACACAGCCUGAAAAUCGACAUCAGAACCAACAUGCUGGUAUUGCCUUGUGAUAGGGAUGUAAAAGACGUGAAGACUCGUCCAAAGCGUUCUGUCCGUCUUUUAGAAAAGCAAAAGAAAGAACCUUUAAAGCAUGAGGAGCAGCAGAAAAGAAAGCUUCGCGACAAAAGAUGGCGUUCCUUUAUUGUUUGUGCACUACCAGCACCGCAAUCAAGGACAAAUAUUGACCUGAAUGCAGGUAAGCGAGUGACAGACUCGAGGUCUGCAUCUCUUGGAUUGAGAGAGUCAGGGGAGAUCCUUUUAAGGCAACUUAAGCGUUCUACUCCUACAAAGCCUAGAGGUCUUCGAGGGAAUACAUCUAAGAGGUAUACUCAAAGUGAGCCAAAACCAGAUCGUGUGUCCAAAGAUCUAGAAUUCGAGAAGCAAGAACAGAAGCUUCGAGAACCAGAAAAGCUCCCGGAAUAUGAAUUAAAGACCAAGCUAGCAAAUUUUGGGGGUGAUAAGGCAGCUGUAUCGCCAUCAAUUAAAGGGAAAGCCUCAAUGGAUCAAGGGAACCAAACGGGUUUGUCAGGGGAGAUCCUUUUAAGGCAACUUAAGCGUUCUACUCCUACGGAGCCUAGAGGUCUUUGGGAGAAAAAAUCUAAAAGGUUUUCACAAAGUGUGCCAAAACCAGAUGGUAUUUCCAAAGAUGUAGAACUCGAGAAGCAAGAACAGCGGCAGUUUCGAGAACCCAAAAAGCUUGAAAAGUAUGAAAUAAAGACCAAGCAAGCAAAAUUUGGUGGUGACAAGGCAACUGUAUCCCCAUCAAUUAAAGUGAAAGCCUCAAUGGGUUUGUCUAUUGUUUGUGCUUUGCCGGCAUCACAGUCAAGGACAAAUAUUAACUCAAAGGCACGUAUGCCACCGACAGACUCCAUGUCCGCAUCUCCUGAAUCGAGGGAGUCAGGGGAGAUCCUUUUACGGAGUCUUAAGCAUUCUACUCCUAGAAAGCCUAGAGGUAUUUGGAGGAGUACACCUAAGAGGUUCACUCAAAGUGAGCCAAAACCAGAGCAAGCAAAUUUUGGGGGUGAGGAGGCAACUGUAUCCCCAUCAAAUAAGGUGAAAGACCCCAUGGAUCCAGGGCACCAAAGGGACCGAAUAAAGGUUUAUGUUCGGAGAAGCAAAUCCCAGCUAAAAGAACCCGGAAACCACAGCAUUUGAAAAGAAACAGCUAUGGGAGUUCCACAUCUGUGACUGAAUCAAAAAUGACCAAGGGUUCCUUCCUGAGAACCUCAAUCAUCUGUAAAGAAAAAAGGGGUACUUUCCUGUUGAAUCUACCUAGUGGUUAUGCAGUUGGCAUCCAUAUUAACUAUGGUACCGUGCCGCCGGUUUGUCUGUUUUCUUCUUGCUAUGGUGUUAGCUCUGUCACAGACUAUUUUCUAUGGCUUAUCGUUGAUCGAAUGCUGACCCCGGUGAACCUUUGUUUAUUUUCUGUU